AUGAGCAAUGUGACCUCGUCGUACCACAAGUCUCAUGGAGGGGAUCAAGAGUCUCAAGGUCACAAGGUCUCAAGGAAGAGUACAAGUUGGCAAGAAUGCUGUUUGGAUCGUCGUGUACUUGUUGUCUGCACAAAAGUGUAUCCCGAGCUGGAGUACACGUCCUCGGGGUUCCGACCGAGUACGUUCACAGGUGCUGGCAGAUGGACCGAUGACGAAUUUGACUUGCCCGAGUGUAGACGCCAAUUGGAUGUGAAGAAAACACUGAUGGAGACGAGUGGCCAGCCAAUGGGAGCAGCCGAGCUGGCUAUGCGCAGGGUUCACCGCCCACGGACCGUGUACGUCCUUGACCCCCCUCACACUGCAUCUGUCUCUUGGAUACUGGCUGGAUCUCUACUUCACAGCCAUUGUUCCACUGGGAUUCCUGGAUCCCAUACGCUCGGCGAGUGUCAUCCACAAGGUGACUGGCCGCGACAAGAGAAGAGAAGUUCCUCGGGCUGGCUCGUACCAUCCCCACUUGCAGUGUGGCUAGAGAUUAUAAAAGGAGCUGCAAACUAUCCUCUAGACUACAGCAGAGCUCCACCACCUCUCGCAACACUCUUCUUCUUCUCUCGGCCAGGUGCCACUU